AUGAAGUACCGAAUCCCAGGUGAGCGCAAUGAUCCGAUGAAGUCCAUACCUUACCUCAUGAUGUUUCAUUUCACAGGUAGUCCUCUAUGCUAUGCGUUCGAACACCAGAGGUCCAGCUCUUUUCACGACUUAUAUCGCUGCACCGGAUGUAGAAAACAACAGACAACGACCUCAAUCGCGGUACGGAACACUUUGUUUCUUGCUGCUGUCCUUAUGACUACUGUUCUCGGUCACCGGAGCUUUGUUGAGGAUCCCUGCCUUCUGCCGCAUGUCUGUGUGCCGUGGAAGUACGCACAGGAUACAGCCAAACGCUGUGUUCUCGGUCACCGGAGCUUCGUUGAGGAUCCCUGCCUUCUGCCGCAUGUCUGUGUGCCGUGGAAGUACGCACAGGAUACAGCCAAACGCUGUGUAUACACUGUAUGUUUUGUGUUGUCGUGUGUAAGCUACUGCUGUGACAUAGUUGACAUUCAGAGAUGCCACGAAGUCGCCGCCUCGCCGCACCUUGCCGACAAAACCCCGAGGCAGCUGUGGCACGAGCUGGGAAGCUACAUAGACUUCUUCUCAGACGAAGGUACAUACGUUUCUUUAGCUGCAAGUACGCACCUCGGAGCAAUCCUUAACAUUUCGUUGCAGAUCCUGCACUGCGUGAAGAGAUACUGCACUAUUUCCAUGGGAAGGGUUACGAAUCUAGGCGACAAGCUCUCACUAGGUAGCUUACUCCCUAUGCGCUCUUUUGUCGACCAUUUUCAUGUGUACCCCUUUUCAGAGCAGUGA